UAACCAUUCUAAUUGCCAAAUGUCACAACACUUUGCAUUUCAACAAUUUUACAAUGAAAAUAACUAAAUAAACAAUUACAUAAAAACAAAGUAGAUAAUUAACAGAGAGAGAUUACCAGAUGGCGAAGAGAUUGUGUGAAACUGAGAAUCUGAGGAGCAAUUAGAACCGGAAGCUUUGAAAUGGAAAGCAAAAGUCCUUAACUGUAAUAAUUAAUAAGCUUGAAAAUAAAAGGGUUGAUUAUUAACUUAAGAAUAUUUCAAUUUUAAACUAUGAAGAAGAGCCCAAAAAUUAGAAAAAUGAGAUGGAGAGAUUUGAGUAUAUAUCAUACUAGAAUCAGAAUCAAGUGAGCUCCCAUACAAAGUUACUGUACAAACGAUAAAACUGAUCAGUUUUUUCCUAGUAUACGAUAAUCUAACUUACUUGAUGGCUCUCUUGAGCUCUGUAUUCAAAACCAAAAUUUCCCAAGUUUUACUACCAAUCUCUAAACAUUCUUGCUUCUUUUGUUCCAAACUGCCUUCUAACAACAGCUUAGUAAAGGACCAAACUUUACUCUCAACUUUCAAGAAAUGUGUCACAUUAAAAGAUGUAAAACAAGUACAUGCACAAAUUAUUCAAUCUGGCCUUGACCAAAAUCUCUAUCUUAUGGGCAAGAUCAUUGUGUUUUGCGCAGUCUCGGACCGCGGUUCAAUGGACUAUGCAGCCUCUGUGUUCAAGAAUCUUGAGAGCCCAGAUGGGUUUAUGUGGAACACAAUGAUCAGAGGGUUUGUUAGGACAAUGCAAGUUAAGAAUAUUUUUGGGUAUUUCAAGAAAAUGCAAGAAAAUGGAGAAAAGGCUGAUAAUUUUAGUUUUUCUUUUUUGCUUAAAGUGAGUGGGCAAUUGGGGUCUGUUUUGUUGGGGAAACAGAUACAUUGUAGUGUUGUGAAACAUGGGUUGGAGGGUCAUGUGUUUGUGAGGAACACUUUGAUUCAUAUGUAUGGGAUGUUGAAGGAUAUCGACACUGCGCAGCAGCUGUUUGAUGAAAGGCCUGGUGGGAAUGUGGUGACUUGGAAUGUCAUCAUUGAUUGUCAUGUUAAUUGUGGUGAUUACAAGGGGGCGCUUGAGUGUUUUUCGAGGAUGAGGAGGUGUGGUGUGGAUUUUGAUGAUGUUACAUUGGUUGCGGUUCUGACAGCAUGUUCUGCGUUGGGGAAUUUGGAUUUUGGGAGGUGGAUUCGUCGCCUUGCUGAUAAUGCUGGCAUGGGGAGCAAUGUUAUGGUUCUGAAUUCACUUAUUGAUAUGUAUGCAAAAUGUGGACAAGUUGAGGAAGCGUACAAGAUUUUUAAUGCGAGUAGCGAGAGGAAUUUAGUGACGUGGAAUUCAAUGAUAUUAGGAUUGGCAACGCAUGGCCACGCCAGUGAAGCAUUGAAACUGUUCUCUAAUUUGUUAGCUGAAAAGUUGCAGGUUCCUAAUGAUGUUACUUUCCUGGGAGUUCUAUGUGCAUGUAGCCAUGGAGGAAUGGUAGAAAAAGGGAAAAAGUAUUUUGAUUUGAUGACAAGAGAGUAUGGAAUCAAAGCUAACAUACAACACUAUGGAUGUGUGGUUGAUAUGCUGGGUCGGGCUGGUUUUGUUGAUGAGGCUUACCAUUUUAUUAGAAGCAUGCCAUUGAAAUGCAAUGCUAUUGUGUGGAGGACUCUGUUGGCUGCUUGUCGAGUUCAUGGGAACGUCGAACUAGGAGAAGUAGUGAGAAGGCAUUUGUUGGAAUUGGAGCCAGAUCAUAGCAGCGAUUAUGUGCUUCUUGCAAACAUGUAUGCAGGUUCAGGGAAGUGGAGAGAUGUGAUGAAUGAGAGACAUGCGAUGUCGACUAGGGGAGUCCAGAAACCAAUGCCUGGCAAUAGCAUCAUUGACAUGCAACCUAUUCAUGGAGCUUUUUAAGCUUGGAAGGAAAUGACUCUUUUCCACGGAAUCUAAGUUGGCUGCUCUUGCAGAAGUUUAAGAGGUAUUAUCUUUUUCCCCUUUAUGUUUUCUUAUUGUUAAUACACAAUAUUAUAAGAUCACAAAUGCAUUAGUAGAAAUUAUGUACCCCUGGUAUUAUAUUGUGCGACUUCUCAGAGCAACAUUAUUGAGGAGAUCGAAGACAAGAAUUUGUUGAGACACUCCAAUGAAGAUUUAUGUAAACAAGUUGAUAAUCUACAAGUAAGCUGGUUAGAUGAAGUUGAGGACACUGCCUACUUGAGAUGAGUGAAUACAUGUCUACGAAGUUAGUUGCACGGUUUGUCAUCUGCAAGUUCUGAUCAGAUGUCAACUCCAAUUUCAGUUAAGUAAAACAGUGAGAUAGCUAACUACUGAUGAAGAUUUGCAAAAUUUUGAAAACCCGGCUGAUCUCCUGGAACCUAGGAAGCACAGGUGCAGCACUUGAGUGCCGCACUGCGCACCGGGUGUGGUUCGUUGUGGCACUUGCAAGGGGCAAAAAACUUUGCAAAAGACUCGCACAGACUUGAGAAAGGAUGUUGAUGGUUUUAUGUGUGUAAUGGAAAUGGAAAAGGAGGAUGAUUCAUUAGCUCCUCAAAUUUAUGCAAUGAGGAUAUUUAAACGGCUCAGUUUUUAUAAAUCGACAAGAGAUUACUAGAGCCAGAGCUUAUUUGUAUGUUGAGAGACGGGUCUUAUGUAUUCCCAGUCCCCGUCCAAGGCCUCUAUGUUCUGUUCUAAAUAAGUUGUAUAAAAACUACUUGCCACUAAUCUCUGGCUUUAAAUCAGUUUUUUAUUUUUAUUUUAAGUAAUUACUUGUUGACACAAA